GUGUGAAAUCAAGCGGCAACGCGCCAGAGAUUUCUGUUUGAAGUCUGUUUACAAAACAUUAUGUUUUUGGGCAUGAUGUGACCUCUGUUUCGAUAGAAUUAAUGAAAAUAGCGAUUGAGCAGGUCUAAGAUAAUGAAAGGCUGGGACUACCGUACGCUCGAAAAGCGAGUGAAACUAAAGAAAUAAAGAAUGAGGUUAGUUUGCACUGUCAAAGUAGAUGCGAGUCGCAUGUGUCCUGGAGCCAACCGGAGCACCGUACAACGGCCGCGUGCUUCUACGUUGUCUUUUGGACGGCGGCCCGAUCACAAGGACGAAAUGUGCCUGCUCCUGCAGUCUGCUCAGGACACAAAGGGGAUCAGAUAUAAGGUGGUUGACAACAUAACGCAGAUAUUUGCAAAAUUUAUCAACGAAGGAAAAUGCACUAUACGUCUGAAAGAGCCCGCUCAUGACUUGAUAAUUCAAGCAGACGCGCUUCUGCUAAAGAGCUUUCUGCGUGUCAUCAAACUGGCCUUCGGCAAGAAUUCCCCUGAGCCAGCAGUCAAAGUGCCAGUCCUGAACGAAAAGUACUUUCGGCCUAAGGUCCAGACCAAAUAUUCCGUUACGUCUAAUGCAGAAUACCCAACUCUCCAGGGUUUUCCUCGUACCACGCAGCAUCUCUCUAUUGUCGAUCUUCAGAGAAAAUCUUUCGAUCGCCAGAUCCUUAGACUCAAUCAGCUUCGCUCCUUAGACUUGUCUAAGAACUGCAUACGUAGCCUGCCUGUGGAGCUUGGCUCUCUUCCGAACCUUGCAGAGCUUUGCCUUGCUGAAAAUCAGCUUGGAAAAUCACCUCCCAAAUCAUGGGCAUGGCUGAAUGGAGAUGCAAUAAAAAAAAAUUUGAUCACCUUGGACCUUGGAAGAAAUGAGCUAACGUGGCUGCCACCAUAUCUUGGAAAAUUAACUGCUUUACGGACAUUGAGUCUCAAUAAUAACCUGCUUUCAUCGCUACCACUCAACAUCGGCUUUUUGUCUAGUUUGAGGUUCUUCAGUCUCCAUGAAAAUUUACUUGACAUGCUCCCUGGAUGCGUGCGGCGAUUACGUUUAGAAACUAUCAAUGUUUCUGGAAAUACUUUCAAGCCGCAAGGAUUCGAGGGAUGUGAAAUCGAUCCGAAUAUAUUAGAAGUACCUGAUCUUGUCGAGAUCGCAGCUAAGACUGUUCUCAGAUCAAGAUUGAGGUAUGGCCCUGAGACAAUACCCCGAGGACUUGUGAAGUACCUCGACGAAGCUCUUUACUGUGAAUGCGGAGAGGCAUGCUUCAAAUAUCGUCUUCGCUCUAUUAUGAUGUUCGAUCUUCGCGCUAUUGCCGAAAAAUGCGUGUUGUCAAUGGAUCCUCGUAUCCCAUUGCGAUGCAUUUUCUGCUCCGAACGUUGUAGGUAUAGGUGGCAUUGAACGAAGAUUAGCUGUAUGUGAUUGCCCUGUUGACAGGAAGAUUUUGACUGCCGUUCCGCCGUCUUCGUUUAUUCAUUUAUCCAGUUUGGUGAAUUUUCUGCGAACCGUUGAUGAAUUUUUCAUCGUAUUGUUUUGUAAGAUUUUUUUUGGAACUAAACUUUGAAAAU